CCCACCACGCGUCCACGCCAGGGCACACCAAAGCAUCCAAUGCUCACCCCUUUCCACCCAUUACUACCCUCCACCACUAACCCCCUCACAACCCUCCCGGAGGAGCGGCGGCGGCGGCGAGAUGGACAUCCCGUCGUUCGUGACGUCGAUUCUGACGUCCUUGGCCGUCUUCGUGGUGCUGGUCCUGGUGUUCACGUGGCUGUCGCGGCGGCCGGGGAACGCGACGGUGUACUACCCGAGCUUGCUGCUGCGGGGGCUCGACCCGUGGGAGGGGCGCGGGCGGGGCACGCGCAGCCCGGUGGGCUGGAUCCGCCAGGCGUUCACGGCGUCCGAGCCCGACGUCGUCGCCGCCGGCGGAGUCGACGCCGCCGUCUACCUCGUCUUCCUCUCGUCCAUGUUUGCAAUCCUUGCUUUUGCCGGGAUUGUGUUGCUUCCAGUUCUGUUGCCAAUUGCUGGAACUGAUAAUGCCCUGGAGGAUUCUACUGGCAGAAUGCCGUCCAACGUCACACAUUUCGAAAUAUUGUCAUUGGCCAAUAUUGAAGACCGAAGUAUGAGGCUGUGGGCAUUCAUAUCAGCAGUCUAUUGGGUCUCCUUUGUCACCUAUUUCAUACUAUGGAGAUCCUACAAGCAUGUUUCGAAUCUGAGAGCAGCUGCAAGAUCAACAUCAGAGGUUAAACCACAGGAGUUUGCCAUGUUGGUGAGAGAUGUUCCCAUUCCACCUCCUAAUCAAACUAUAAAGGACUCGGUGGACUCGUAUUUCCGAGCACUUCAUCCUGACACAUUCUACAAAGCAAUGGUUGUGACAGACAUCACCAAGGUUGAUAAAAUUUUCCAAGAGAUUGAAGGUCACAAACACAAAAUUGCUCAUGCUGAAGCUGUCUAUGCAGAAUCAAAAACAGCAAACAGACCUGAGGGCACGAGGCCUACUCAUAAGACGGGAUUCCGUGGCCUUAUCGGUAAAAAGGUCGACACGAUUGAGUAUUGUAAUGAACAGAUAAAGGAAUUGCUGCCCAAACUAGAGGAUGAACGGAAGAGCGCCCUCAGUGAGAAACAGCAACGGGCUGCCUUCGUCUUCUUCAAUAGUAGAGCUGCUGCGGCCUCAGCAUCUCAGACUCUCCAUGCCCAGAUGUUUGAUGAAUGGACUGUUACAGAAGCUCCUGAACCACGUGAGGUAAUAUGGGCCAAUCUUCCAAGGAAAAUAUAUGACAGGCACACCAGACAGACGGUGGUCUAUCUCAUUGUCUUCGUUACCGUUGCCUUCUACAUGAUUCCCAUCACUGCCAUCUCUGCCGUUACAACGCUUGAAAAACUGAGGGAGAAGCUGCCCUUUCUGAAGGUGGUUGUGGACCAGCCGUUUGUUAAGACGGUCUUACAGGCUUACCUGCCGCAGAUCGCGCUUAUUGUUUUCCUCGCCGUGCUGCCAACUCUUCUUGUGUUCCUGUCAAAGUCCGAAGGGAUUCCUUCACAGAGCCAUGUGGUGAGGGCGGCAUCGGGAAAAUAUUUCUACUUCAUCGUCUUCAAUGUCUUCAUUGGCUACGCAAUUGGUUCCUCAUUGUUCAGCGCUUUGGAAAAAGUUAUCAAGAACCCUACUGGGAUUUUUAUGACGCUUGCCACCAGGCUUCCCGGAACUGCAACUUUCUUCUUCACGUUCGUUGCACUCAGAUGCUUUGUUGGUUAUGGGCUUGAGCUCUCUCGUUUGGUCCCUCUCAUCAUUUUCCACCUGAAAAGGAAGUACAUAUGCAAGACAGAGGACGAGGUGAGAGCGGCAUGGGUUCCAGGGAACCUGAGGUAUAACACCAGGGUUCCCAACGACAUGCUCAUCGUGACAAUUGUGCUGUGCUACUCCGUCAUCACGCCUUUGAUUUUGCCAUUCGGUGUUGCUUACUUUGCUCUGGGUUGGCUUAUAGCAAAAAACCAGGUUUUGAGAGUUUAUGUUCCGAGUUAUGAGAGCAACGGGCGAAUGUGGCCACACAUGCACACAAGGAUCAUUGCAGCUCUCAUGAUCUAUCAGGCUACCAUGAUUGGUAUCAUCAGCCUGAAAAAAUUCUACUAUUCUACAAUCCUCACACCACUCCUGGUGAUAAGCUUAAUCUUCGCCCGCACAUGCCAUGCACGCUUCUAUCCUGCAUUCGCCAAAACCCCUCUCGAGGUGGCAAGUCAGCAGCUGAAAGAGACGCCCAACAUGAGCGCCAUUUACACUGCGUACAUCCCUCCUUGCCUCAAGCCCGAGAAGCUCGAAGAUGUGCAAGUCUUUGAAGACACUCAGUCACGCACCACCUCCAGAGCUCCGUCCUUUUAAUGUAACUAGCAAAGGUGCAAGCGCUACGCACGUUAAUAUUUAGUCAAUAUAUUAAUUGCACGCGGAUAUUAGGUAUGAUAUUAUUUGUGUGUUAAUCCUGUGAUUAGUGCAAUAUUUGAUAUGAUAUUAAUUACACGUUCAUCA